AUGGGCCAGUACCAAGAUAGCAUCGUGCACAAGGGGGUUGGAAGGCAGCCUCCUACUUAUAAUCGUAAAAUCAAAGGCAUGGCGGGUACUUUGCACUUCAAUCCAGAAGCAGCUGACUUCAUUCCAAGAGAGAGACAGACUUCUGAUCGAAAUUGGAGAAAUCAGGGUAGACUGGAAUCUAACAGGAAUCGGAGCAGAAAUAAUCUACCAUCUCCAAGUCAAUCUUCUGAUAGAGGCACUGAUUAUGAAAGCUCUUCUACAAAGCAACAGGACUUCUAUAGUCCAGAGACUCAGUGUAGGAGCCAACAAGAUUUUCCUCAGUUUGCAAGUACCAGUAAAAGUCACAAGAAUCAUAGUUUCCAAAACCAGCGAUGGCAUAGAUCAAGAAGCGAUAGGACAUAUACUAGAAAUCGGGUGAGGCAAGCACCGACUGAUGGCACAGCAGACCCAACAAUUUUAGAUACUACAGUGGUUCCAGGGAGGAGAACACUUCCUAGAGAAUACAAUGACUUUUGUUCUUCAGAUACUGACAAAGAGGUACCUAAUGCAGAUAACAGAGGAGCAAAGCCAAAGAAAACACAUCUGAUGCAUGCGUCGGGAAGAGGGUACAGAGAGAAGGGGAAGCACUCACAUGACCGAGAUAGGAGGGUGACCUCUAAACAGAAGGAUAUGAUGUUUCAAAAUGUCCCACCUUUGGACCUGACUCAGUCUGAUUCCUCAGAGGCGUCUGUUGGAAAACCAUUUUAUGAUGGAUGUGCUGGGAGUGGUGAUGAACAGAAAAGAUACACGUUUGCAAACAAAAAAUAUCCUAGAAAGUCUACGUGGAGUAAACCCCAGUCAGAUAAAGACCUUCAGAAAAGGCAAGAUACCCACCGUUGCAAAAAUGUAAAAGUAAAGAAGUCUUCUGUGACUCACACCCCAAGAGAGAAAAUUAGUGAGAGGAAAAAAGAAUCGUCUCACACUGGUGAUCACAACUCGACCAGCAUAACACAGACGCACCAGCCAACUGAUUCAGUCAAACGUAGUGGAAGAAAGCUCCCCCUACAGGAGGGACAUGUGUCCUCCCUUCAUUUCAGCAAGAUGCAGUAUUGGAAGAAGCAAAGUGAUGUGCCAAAGAACAAGGAAACUCAUACAGGGUCUCUGAUAGAGCAGUUGACCACAGAGAAAUACGAGUGCAUGGUAUGCUGUGAGGUGGUUCGAAUAAUAGCCCCAGUGUGGAGUUGUCAAAAUUGUUAUCAUGUGUUCCAUCUGAACUGCAUUAAGAAGUGGGCAAGAUCACCAGCCUCUCAAGCUGAAGAUGGCAAUAGUGGUUGGAGAUGUCCUGCUUGUCAAAAUGCUUCAACCAGAGUUCCUGCUAUUUAUACUUGUUUUUGUGGUAAAGUAAACAACCCUGAAUGGAACAGAAAUGAAAUUCCACAUAGCUGUGGAGAGCUUUGUGGAAAGAGAAGACCAGGUCAGGACUGUCCACAUCUUUGUAAUAUCCUCUGCCAUCCAGGGCCUUGCCCCUCAUGCCCUGCCUUUAUGACAAAAAUGUGUGAAUGCAGACGAACGAGUCACUCAGUGCGCUGUGGCCAGUCCACCACAAUUCAUUGUUCUAAUGUAUGUGGGAAUACGUUAAAUUGUCGUAAACAUAACUGUACUCAGGUGUGCCAUGCAGGAGAAUGUCCACCUUGCCAACUAACGAUACAGCAAGUAUGUUACUGUGGGAGCAGCUUUCGAGAUGUGUUGUGUGGAACGAAUGAAGAGCUCUCUGAUGGAUUUGGGAACUUCUCCUGUCAGAAGAUGUGUGGCAGAAAAUUAAACUGUGGGCGACACAGCUGUGUACAAGUGUGCCAUCCUCAGCCCUGCCAGAUUUGUCCACGACUUCCACAAGCAGUGCACUGCUGCCCUUGUGGGCAGACUCCUCUCAGCAAAUUACUUGAGCUAGGAUGUAUUGAACGGAAAGUAUGCACAGAUCCCAUCCCUUCAUGUGGAAAGACAUGUGGCAAACCUCUUUCUUGUGGUAACUAUGAUUUCAUUCAUACAUGUGAGCACCUCUGCCAUGAAGGUGAAUGUGGACCGUGCUCUCGCACAUCAACUGUUUACUGUCGGUGUGGCUUCAAAACAAAGGAAGUUCCAUGUGCCCUCCUCAAAAAUAAAGCUGCCAUUACGUUCAUGUGUGACAAGCGAUGUAACAAGAAGCGAUCAUGUGGACGACACAAAUGUAAUGAGAUUUGCUGUGUGGACAAAGAACAUAAGUGUUCCUUGGUUUGUGGACGCAAACUUAAUUGUGGCCUUCAUAGAUGUGAAGAACCUUGUCACCGUGGCAACUGUCAAACAUGCUGGCAGACAAGUUUUGAUGAACUGACUUGUUACUGUGGUGAAUCUGUGAUUUAUCCCCCUGUUCCUUGUGGUACACAGCCACCAGAGUGUAAAAAUCCAUGUACCAGACCACAUGAGUGUGAUCAUCCAGUGUACCAUUCCUGCCAUAGUGAGGAGAAGUGCCCACCCUGUACGUACCUCACUCAAAAAUGGUGCAUGGGCAAACAUGAACUGCGGCAUAAUAUUCCCUGUCAUCUCACAGACAUUUCCUGUGGUCUUCGCUGCAAUCAAGUGUUAAAAUGUGGAAUGCACAAAUGUAAAAGGAUCUGUCACAAAGGGGAAUGCCUCAUAGAUGAAGAAUGCAAACAGCCAUGUACUAUUCCAAGAGUGUAUUGUAAUCAUCCCUGUAUGGCUCCGUGUCAUCCAUCUUUACCUUGUCCUACAACUUCUUGCAACACAAAGGUUGAUCUUCAAUGUGAGUGUGGAAGAAGAAAAGAGAGUAUGAUUUGCUCAGAGGCAUCUAGUACAUAUCAAAGAAUAGCUGCUAUAUCCAUAGCCACUAAAUUAACAGACCUGCAACUUGGAGACUCAGUGGAAAUCAGUAGAUUGGUUACCAAAAAAGAAAUGAAGCAAGCCAGGUUGCAAUGUGAUGAAGAAUGUUUGGCCCUUGAAAGGAACAGACGACUUGCUGAGGCUCUUCAAAUUGAUGAUAAUUCUGACCCUUUUAAUGUCCGUUCUUCUGGACCAAAGUACAGUGAGGUUCUAAAAGAAGAUGCAAGGAAGGAUUUAAAAUUUGUCAGUGAUGUUGAGAAGGAAAUGAGAGCACUUGUGGAUGCUGUAAAUAAGGGAAGGCAUACAAAAAAGAGUCACUGUUACCCACCCAUGAACAGAGAUCAUCGCAGGAUCAUCCAUGAGCUAGCUCAGAUCUAUGGCAUUGAAAGUGUGAGCUAUGACAACGAACCGAAACGCAAUGUUGUUAUCACUGCGGUGAAGGGGAAGUCAGUUUGUCCAAGUAAUUCCCUAACAUCUGUCCUAGAUAAGGAAAUGCAGACAAGGGCUCCACCACCUAUUCCUCACUACAGACAAACUGAGAAGAGUAAUGGAAACAGUGGCUUACAGAAAGGAUUGAAAGAGGAGCCAGUGAUUGACUAUUUCGAUGUUCAGGACUGAAAUGUUUGAUGUGAAACUAUGUUUGAGCAGAGUAGAGCUGAAGAUUCUGAUUUAUGGUGCAAGGCACUUUGUCCAGUAAUCCAGUGGUUAUAUAAAAUGUUUUAAAAAUGUAACACAAUAAAAAGCAAUGUUAAGUGAAGAGGGUGAGUAACAUAAGACAAACUAAGUAAAAUUUGAGCCUGAAAUACUGUAAGGUAAGCCAGAUUCUAGAUUCAGAUGGCUGUGUGCAGUUCUCAUUGAAUGCCCUGAGUGCUGCGUGCGUCUCAAGUCAAACUACAGAUAAGCCUGUGCUACAGACUGUAGUCUUUUGGUAACAUCAGUGUGCCUAGAACUCUGUGCUGCAGCCUACCUGCUUCAGGUACCCAAGCUAGCUUGUUUAAAGCUAGCUUUGGUAUCUUUUCACUACACUCCUAUUUUCAGUGUAGACACCCUGUGGCUCAACCAUGAAUGGUGUGAAGAUUAUAAACAGUCAAAAUGACAUUUUAAAAUGUUCUGCAGACAUAUAGCUUACGCAAAAACAUGGGUAACGGCUGAAAGUGUUGGUGCAUAUAUACUUUGAGCUAGUAUAUUUUUCAUCUUGGUGUGGAAUCAGAAUUAUCUUGACAAUGUGAAGCUGCAUAUCCAUUAUUUUUAGAUGAAAGAGCACAUAAUUACAUUGAUGAUACUGGGUCAUGAUGGCAAUAAACAUUCCAAAGAUUCCUCUCUGGGAACCAGUUGUACAACUAAAAAUGGACCAUUGAAUCAGAAACAACUAUAUAUUAAUAUUAAUGGAUAUGUUUUCAGAAUGUUUUCAUGUUGUUUUAGUCAUUCAUUUCCACUUACACACGUCACCUAAAAUGUGAGAGUAAUGAGUCUGAGUUAUUCUCAUAUUGAAGGAGACUGAAAAUGUAGUUGAAUUCUACACUGCAUAAUUGCACUUGCAUACAAAGGGAUAUGCCACUGAGGAGCACAUUAUUUUCACUGGGUAUUUGAGAUGGUUGGGUUUUUUCUGGUUUGGUUUUUAGUGAAUCCAUUUUUUACUUUAUUUAAUUUGAGUUCAGAAACAUAAUGGAUUGAAUUAUUUUAUUUGAGCUCUUGAAUGAUCAGAAACCCAAGUAUAGGUUUGGUGUUCACUGAGAUGAAAUGAUGUGUUUAGGGCUGUUGUUUUAAUGGUCCCCUAAUUGCUGUAUGUAUGGCUUUACUGGAGCUUUAUACACCUUUCCUCUCCUGCACAAGCUAAGAGCGUCAGUAUCUGCUAGGUUUAUGUUCGAGUAUGCUUUGAGUUUGUAGUGACAUUUACAAAUAUGAGAAAGUUUGUCUUAAAUUCCUGAAAGUAAAAGUACUUUGGUAUACUGGAAAUUAUAUAUAGAUUUUAAAUGAUGCAGUUCCCCAAACAGUCUUUUAGACAUCAAAUUGCUUCAAGUUGAUGGUUGUCCUAUUGAGGAAGGAACCUUUGGGGCCCUCUUUGGGAAGGUUCAGCUCAUGUAAAUUUUUCAUAUCUCCGUUGGUUUCAGUUGCACUGCAGUAGUUUACAGAAUGCAAGGAUUUGGUUCUUUGUGCUAAUACACUUCUUGCCCCUCCCACCAUUCGUCUCUGCCUCUCACCUUGUUGACUGCCUACAAACCUAGAGGUUCCUCCUUGUAGCAAUUUGGAGGCAGAGCAGCC